CCAGCCAUUAUUCCAUUCCAUAACAUCUGCUGGCUGCAACAUGAAUUUGAAUCGACAGUCUUUUUAAUGUUCCGAAUUUUCUAUCAUAUCAUUAUCUCCCUUUUUACCAACAUGUCCAUGGUUUCUCACUUGCCGAGAAGAAGCGCGUAUUGGCAUCUCCCCGGUGACUUUCGACGAACCCAAAGCUAGGAAUGUUCUGUUGUUCAAACAUUGCAACGUAUGGUCGGCGCCAACACCUCACCGUCUCUUUCUGCUAUAUAUACCUUGGAAGCCUAGCUUCUGCUUCUUUCGAAGACUCGGCGAAUUCAGAGCUCCCACAACUUGACGAACAGGUUCUUGGACCAAACCAGAACUUACCCAGAAGAGAAAAUACAGGUUUAUUUUGUUAUCUUGAAAGUUCACAAAGGUUGCCAAGAGUGUCUUUUGGGGAAAGCACAGAGCUUGAUCCUAUUCUGGUUGAUAAGUUAUACAAUCGGAUUUCUUGUCACAUGGAAUAGCUGAUGCCAAUCUCAUAGCAUGGACCAGCAUUUUGGAUUUGGUGCGACUGGUGCAGGAUUGUCAUAUACAGCUCCACUUCCCACUGUUCGGUCUUUACCUAAAAGGUUACUUGGGUCGUUGAAAUUUGAUAUUAAGAACUCACCAAAUACACCCUUUUCGACUCACUUUGAUUCUGAUACUCUUACGACACUGAGCGACAGUCAGGAGCAGCACAGCUCCCCGGAGAAUCUCUCAGGAGCCACCCCCUCCUGUACCUCUUCAUUUGAAACAAACAGUUACGUUAAUCAGUUAAGCUUAAGCCCUUCGGUGGACUGUAGUCGAGACAGUCUGCAGGUCUAUUCUGGUAGGACUUCUUCCUUAAAGGAUGCAAAUAGUAGCCAGAACAUAAAACAAACUUUGCAGGAAUUGGAGAGUGCUUUAAUGGGGCCUGACGAUGAGGAAGAAGAAGUCACCACACCAAACACUUCUAGUGGAGAAAGUAGCAGGCAGCAGACCCAGAGGUCCAUGUCAUGGAUCCAGGAGCACCAGGGUUCAAACCCUGUUCAACGGCAGACAUCCUUUGUUUCUCGGCAAAGGCAGUUGGCUGAAGCUCAGUGAGAACGUCAUAAAGUGAUAGAUGAAGCAUCUCUAAAGGGUUUGCCAGCAAGUAAUCUGAAGGAAUUGCUGAUUGCAUGUGCUGGAGCUCUCUCCAACAACAAUGAGGAAAGUUUCGAAAAAUUGAUUGAAAAGGCUAGAGGAGCUGUGUCUAUCGGUGGAGUACCAAUCCAGCGACUUGGAGCUUACUUGAUAGAAGGGCUGGUGGCCAGGAAGGAGGCAUCAGGUGCCAAUAUUUACCACGCCCUUAGGUGUAGAGAGCCUGAAGGCAACGACUUGCUGUCCUAUAUGCAGAUUCUGUAUGAGAUCUGCCCAUACUUAAAGUUUGGUUACAUGGCAGCCAACGGGGCCAUUGCUGAGGCAUGCAGAAAUGAGGACCGCAUCCACAUUAUAGACUUCCAGAUAGCUCAGGGAACCCAGUGGGUUACUCUCCUUCAAGCACUUGCAGCAAGACCCAGUGGGGCUCCCCAUGUACGAAUUACAGGUAUCGAUGAUCCUGUUUCUAAACAUGCCCGUGGUGAUGGGUUGGAGGCAGUAGGGAGACGGUUGAAAGCCAUCUCAGACAAAUUUAACAUCCCAGUUGAAUUUCAUGGAGUCCCAGUUUUCGCACCUGAUGUCACACGGGACAUGCUUGAUGUCAGGCCUGGAGAGGCUCUUGCUGUGAACUUCCCUCUGCAGCUUCAUCACACACCAGAUGAAAGCGUUGAUGAGAACAAUCCGAGGGAUGGGCUGCUGAGAACAGUGAGGUCUCUAAAUCCAAAGGUAACCACUUUGGUGGAACAAGAAUCAAACACGAACACAACCCCCUUUUUCAAUAGGUUUGUGGAAACUCUUGAAUACUACUUGGCGAUGUUCGAGUCUAUUGAUGUGACCCUCCCAAGGAACAGCAAGGAAAGAAUCAAUGUGGAGAUGCAUUGUUUGGCAAGAGAUAUUGUGAAUGUCAUUGCUUGCGAGGGGAAGGAAAGGGUGGAACGUCACGAGCUCUUUGGCAAGUGGAAAUCCAGGUUGACAAUGGCAGGGUUUCAGCAGUACCCGUUGAGCUCAUAUGUGAACUCUGUCAUUGGGGGUCUGCUGAGGUGUUACUCGGAGCAUUAUACACUGGUUGAGAAGGACGGUGCUAUGCUUUUGGGAUGGAAGGACAGGAACUUAAUAUCAGCUUCUGCCUGGCAUUGAGUACAGGAAAUAAAGAUCAGGGGUAGCAGUAGAAUUUACCAGUUUGUAUUUUUCUUUUAAUGCAAUACACAAAGCCCUAUAGUUUCUUUCUAGGACGCUGUUCACUGUUGUACUUAGGAUGGCCGGCAUUUGUAUGCUGCAGCAGAAUGUGGUUCCCUACCACCGAACGUGUUACCGCUGUGUAUACAAGAUUCUGUUCUUUGAUAGAGUUGUAUGUAAUUAUAAUGCAGGGUUUGUUUUACUUUUA